CAGAAACACAACCGAACCGGAGCGAUCAAACGAUAAUGCGAGUGUCGAUGCGGACAGACACGAAAUACUGAAUGACUGAAGAAUGGCAGCUCCAGACCUUCUGGAUCCUAAAACAGCCGCUCACGAUACUAAACCGCGGCUGUCGUUUUCGGCUAAGCCAGUGGUGCUGAACUCUCCAGAAGACUUUGAGUUGCGUGUGAGCGUCAUGCGCUGGAAAACUGUGCUUGCCGUGUUUCUGUUGGUGGUGCUGUAUUUGAUUCUCGGAGCAACUGUGUUUAAAGAGCUGGAACAGCCAUAUGAAACAGCACAGAAACUGGCCAUCCUGAUGGAGAAACUGGAAUUCCUGUCAGAGCAUCCCUGUGUCAACUCAACAGACCUGGAAAUCCUGGUGAAGCAAGUGGUCUCAGCGAUACGAGCUGGUGUGAACCCUUCCGGAAACUCAUCCAAUCAAAGCAGCUUAUGGGACCUCAGCAACUCAUUCUUUUUCGCUGGAACAGUUAUCACAACCAUAGGCUUUGGGAAUAUCUCACCUCACACAGAAGGAGGUCGGAUCUUCUGUAUCAUCUAUGCUCUGUUGGGAAUUCCUCUGUUUGGAUUUUUGCUGGCAGGAGUGGGAGAUCAGCUUGGAACAAUCUUCGGAAAGGGAAUCGCUAAAGUGGAGAAGAUGAUUGAUAAGUGGAAUGUGAGUCAGACAAAGAUUCGUGUGAUCUCCACCAUUAUCUUCAUUCUGUUUGGUUGCCUGCUGUUCGUCAUGCUACCGGCCAUCAUAUUCAAACACAUCGAGGGCUGGAGUGCACUUGAGUCCAUCUAUUUUGUUGUCAUUACCUUGACAACAAUUGGCUUUGGAGAUUUUGUUGCGGGCGAGGGCGAGCGACGGCACCAUGAAGAAAGCAUGGGAAGUUCUGAGUUGGAGUAUCUGGACUACUACAAGCCUGUGGUGUGGUUCUGGAUUUUGAUCGGUUUAGCAUAUUUCGCUGCUGUUCUCAGUAUGAUUGGAGACUGGUUUCGGGUUAUAUCCAAGAAAACAAAAGAGGAGGUUGGAGAGUUCCGAGCUCACGCUGCUGAGUGGACUGCUAAUGUGUCCGCUGAGUUUAAAGAGACUCGUCGCCGCCUAAGUGUCGACGUUUACGACAAAUUCCAACGUGCUGCGUCAAUCAAACGCAAACUGUCAGCUGAACUGGGUCUCAACUUACCUGUCAAUCAGCAGAUGACACCUGGAAAACGCACACGCUCCGUUAACCUUGGAGAUGAGAGAGAGGCAUAUGCCUUCACGCUUGUACGAAACGGAAGUUUAUUCCUCAAUGGCCUCAGCCCGGAUUAUGCAGACCAUCAGGAUUUUGCUAUAGUACGAACAAAAUGAAGUGGAACUAAAGAUAUUCACAGAUGAAUGGGACAAGCAAGGAUACAAUAACAGAAAAUAAUGAGGGGACAAGCAUACGGCAGUCUUUGCUGGUCUCAUGUCCUCUAAACACUCUAAACCCUUCAAAACAGAACAGCCUAACCAUCUAGAUUUGGCAGAAGAGAACAGCUAACCACCUUAGACUGUUUUUUCUUCUGCAGUUUUGUCUGGUUUGUUGGUUUUAUAGGGGGUUUGGGCACACCUCUGCUGGGUCAGGCUAGGAGACUGAAAAAUUAGACCAGCUAAGAUCAGCAAACAGUCUAAGUCAGGUUUAAGCUUUUUUCAUCAGGUUAUCCAGACAGCUUAAUCUGUGUGGACAGUGUUCACAUUCAUAGGUUUAAUUGAGACAGGAGAAACUGACCAUUCACAGGGGCCAACAUCUGCAUCAGAUUAGGCAAUUCGGAACCACAUUGCAUGUAUCAUCAAAGAUGAAAAACUGCCUUACCAGUUAUGCUCACAUUCAUAAGUUUGUCUUUUUUUUUACUUAAAAAAUAUUUGAUCUGAAACUGUUAAAUUUCAGGAACUGAGUGCCCAAGAAGCAAAGCUCAUUCAGCAGGUAUGUGAAAGUUACAUACCUUACAUACAUGUUACAUUA